CUCUUUGUCUCAAGCAUUGCUUUCCUCGUCGUCGCCUGCAUCCACGAGUCCCUGUCUUGCUUGAAGCUGCUAUGCGUUCAUGACAAGGAUCCCCAUAGACUCGAACACGAUCGAUACGAAGGAUUCUCCUAAUCUAAACGAUCAACCAUGGUCUUGAGCACUCUCGGCGUGGCCGCCGACGUGACACCCUCGGUCAUCGAGACCUUCUUCUCACACUACCUCAACCGCAAACCACUCAAAGGAAAACCUACCGCCCAUGUCUCAUACCACGAAGGUCUGCGCCUGAUCCGCCAAUUCCUCGCAUAUGCCUCUCAACACACCGUCGAGGACAUCCAAGCCUUUACCGGCCAAUGGGUUCCUACCCCGACAUGGGUCAAGCUCGAGGAAGUCUCCAUCUCGGAUGCCCAUCUGGAGCGUUCUGCCGAACUUGUAAAGGCCCAGCUUGGCCUUGCCGGUUUGCAAAGAGUCGGCGGUCAAGAGUGGUGGCAGUGGAGACGAUCAGAGAUUGCACUGAAGGGCGAAUGGAUUGAGAUGCGCCAGGACUAUAACGACCGAAUGGCUGCAGACAAUAAGAGCGACCGCGUCAUUCUCUACGUCCACGGCGGCGCCUACUACUUUGGUUCGGUCGAUGAGCAUCGCUACCAGAUGCAGCGCCAUGCAAGAAAGCUCAAGGCCCGUCUGUUUGCCCCAAGGUACCGUCUGGCUCCUCAAUUCCCUUUCCCGUGCGGUCUACACGAUUGUAUCGCCGCCUAUCUUCAUGUCAUUGAGCAUUGCCAUCCCUCGACUGUACUUCUAGGCGGCGACUCGGCUGGUGGUGGCAUGGUGAUCAAUAUGCUUGUUACCCUUCGCGAUCAAGGAAUUCCUCUUCCAGCCGGCGCCCUUCUCCUGUCUCCGUGGGUCGAUCUAACCCAUUCUUUCCCGAGUGUAGCUGGAGAAGGCAAUUUCGACUACAUCCCUGCCAAUGGUUUCCAUCACAGACCUUCGAUGGCAUGGCCACCUCCGAAUGCCAACGAUCUGAGAGAGUUGAAGUCUCCGCAGAUCGACUCACCGAGAAAAUCGAAAGAGGAGAAGAAAAAGCUCGAGCGAGAAGCAACAAUGGGCUUCUCUGUCAACGACAUACCCAAGGAUGACGGAAAUUUUGCCUCCGCCCAACACCCUGGAGCAGCCCGCCCGCGCGCUAAGAGCGUCCCGGGCGGUGAACACCUGACAAUCGAACUGGACGGCAAGAUGAUUGAGCUCACUGAUCAAAUUCAGAUGUACACAACAAACGACAUGCUCGCACAUCCCAUGGUUUCACCUGUCAUGCAACCAUCGCUCGGUGGACUACCGCCACUUCUGAUCCAAACUGGAGGCGGUGAGCUUCUGCGUGACGAACAGAUCUACAUCGCUCAUAAAGCUGCCAACCCAUCUGCCUAUUUGCCAAGCAAAAAGGUCAUGGAUGAAUUCGACCCCAACAGGGAAGUACUUGACAAGUAUCCGCCUACACAUGUUGUUUUACAAGUUUGGGACGACCUUUGCCACGUCCCGCAUACUCUCAGUUUCACUAGACCGGCCAAAUACAUGUACCGCAGUGUCGCUCAGUUCGGUGCUUGGGCUUUAGCUCGUGCUCAAGAUCAAGCCAUCACUAUUCUUGACGAUGAUGCAAUCAGUAUCAUCAGUACCCAAUCUAGCCAUGAGAGUGAUGCCAACUCAUCAAGUGAGGACGUUGACCGCGGUAGAUCCGUGGACAAGAGGUUUCCUGACGCUCUUGGCACUCCGAUCCGCGCUCACACUGUUUCUACAGCUUCUGGAUCCGUCGGAAAAGCUGGAGAUCCCUUACCUCCAUUCCAAGGUCAUAUGGUUCGUCAGAGAGUCGACCGACAUGGUGUCACAUAUCCGCUUGCUGCUGUAUCGGACUUACCAUGUCUAAAGCUGGAUCCCAACACCAUUGGCAUGAUCAAGCCUGGACCUGUGCGAAAGUGGAUUGCCAAGAAGGCUGACUGGGACGUGAAGUACGGAAAGGACAAGCGUUCGAUACAGAAACAGCGCAUCAAGGAGAUGGCCGAGGGCUAUGACACAUUCGGACCGGGAGAAGUCCCACCACCUACCGCUUUGGCUGGACGUCGUAAGAAGGACAUGCCAAGCCAGAAGUCGCGCAAGGGUAAAUCAUGGGGUCUCGCCAUGUGGUCUGGAUGGGGAAGCAAACACGACGAAGACACCAUUGGCCGCGAGCAGAAGGUCAACCGAGCUCCCACGCAAUCAGUCGUGCUACCAGAAGCUGGUGCCGCGAUUCCAAAGGUCGAUCCCGAGCGUGCGGCUACGAUCAAGGCAUCUCCCACUUUCGACCGUAGCCUCAGUCCCAGCUACCGUACAGUAACAGAUUUGGGCCAAGCAGGCCCUAGAUCUCGACCCACUACCUCCGACACGAUCCCACCUACACCACCUGCCAAGGACUCACCAAAAGGUAAACAAGCCAUCAGAGAUGACGAAGCCCAUCUAGCACCAUACGGCAUGCACACCAAGAUUCCUGGUUCAGAAAACACUUUCUUGAGCAACAACAGCGCACGCCCUCACAAUGGCGAAGUGGCUUAUCCGUUCAAGUUGAAGAAUGAAGCUGCCACCGCGAGUACAGUCACCUUGGACUCUGCAGCACAUAUCCGACCAAUGGGAAGAGGUGACGAUGUCAGCAGCAUUGGUUCUGUGGCGGCAAGCCCCAGACCUGCUACCCAAGGCGGAGUCAGCUUCAUGGACGGGAAUGGCGAAGGCAUUAUUGCCGAUGAACCUGGCGUGGGCGUCUACGAGACCGAGACAGGAUCGAAGAGCAGGGACAAGGGCAAGGGUAAAGCUGUCGAGGCAGCCAUUGGUAAUGAGGAGGAAGGGGCAGCUGCGAGACCAGCAUUACAGACAUUUGUCACUGCACAUGAGUUUUGAUGACUCGAGUUGAGAUGAGUUAUAUUUUUGACAGAAGACGUUGCGAGGUGUAUUGUUAGGAUUAGAUACCCCCUGUUCUGAUACGAAGCUGCGAGUAUAU